AUGGCUGAUGCAAUUUUGUAUGGGAUUGCUGAGGAAAUCUUGAAAAAUGUGGGAUCUUAUAUGGUUGAUGAAAUUGCUUCAGCUUGGGGAUUCAAGUCUGAUCUUGACAAGCUGAAGCGUAAUGUUGACCUCAUCAAAGCUUUCCUGGUUGAUGCCGAGGAGAGGCAAACUGAUAGCAACGCUGUUCGUCAUUGGCUUUUAAAUCUUACUGAAGUUGUGUAUGCUGCCGAUGACUUGUUCGAUGAGUUCAUUACUGUUGCAACUCGGAAACAGCUGAACGGUGGGAACAAAUUCAGCAAUGAGGUACACACUUUUUUUUCCCGUUAUAAUCAGAUUGCAUAUGCUCAUAGAAUUGCUCGUAAGAUUAAAGUCAUUAGGGAAGAGCUUGACGACAUAGUUAAACAAGGAAAAGACUUGAACUUGGCAAGCCAGUCUUAUGUGGAAGGGAGAGUGAUCACUAAGAGGAGAGAUCAGAGUUAUUCAUUUGUUGAGGCUGAGCAAGUUAUUGGUAGAGAUGCUGAUAAGAAUGCCAUUUUAGACUUAUUACUUGCAUCAUCGUCUUCUGGUAACGAUGAGCAUGGGCAUGAGCAGAGUGUGCUCCCUGUAAUAGUAAUUGUAGGAAUCGGGGGUUUGGGUAAGACGGCUUUAGCUCAAUACAUCUAUAACGAUCCUUCAAUUGAUGAGUUCUUUGAGUUGAAGUUAUGGGUGUGUGUCUCAGAUGUGUUUGAUGUCAAGGAAAUCACUGAGAAGAUCCUCAAAUCUGUAACCAAUUCAGAAACUCCAAAGUUAGAGAUGGAUCAGUUACAGAGUAGAUUGCGAGAUAAAAUUGGUGAUAAGAAAUACUUUCUUGUUCUGGACGAUGUGUGGAAUGACAGUCACGAGAAGUGGCUAAAGAUGAGAGCUCUUUUGAAGACCGGUAAGAAAGGGAGUAAGAUCCUAGUAACUACUCGCUGGAGUAAGGUGGCAACAAUAAUGUGCACAUUUCCUAUUCCUCCUUAUGAUUUACAAGGUCUAUCGAAAGAGAAGUCGUGGGAAUUGUUUGAAAAGCUUGCAUUUACGCCUGGGCAAGCUCAACGGAUGCCACACCUUGUUGACAUUGGGAAGGAGAUGGUUCGAAAGUGUGCCAAUGUCCCGUUGGCCAUAAGAAUAGUAGGGAGCAUUCUUUAUGGUGAAGAUGAAAGCAAGUGGUUGUCAAUUAGAAAUAAAAAUCUUUCAAAACUAUCCGAUGAGCGAAGCGACAUUAUGGACAUUCUCAAGAUUAGCUACAAUCAUCUUGCUUCACCAUUGAAAAAUUGUUUUGCUUAUUGUGCAUUGUUUCCCAAAGAUUAUAAUUUCAAUAAAGAUAUUUUGAUAAAUCUUUGGAUGGCUGAGGGAUUCAUUGUUCUUGCUGCUGAUGAAAGUAUGAGUUUUGAAGAGCUUGGCGAGGAGUAUUUUCUUACUUUAUUGCAAAGAGGAUUGUUCCAAGAUGUCCAAAAGGAUGAAUGGGGAUGCAUUGAAAGUUGCAAAAUGCAUGACGUUAUCCAUGAUCUUGCUCAACAUGUGGCCAAGCCCAAGUGCUUAGUCAUAAAAGCCGACCAGAGUUUCGAUCAGAAUAGCAUUUAUCACUUAUCUUUUGCUUUUCGUUUGAAUUUUCAGAGGACUAUUCCAUCCACGGUGCUGAGCUUGAGACGGCUAAGGACAUUACUAUUACCACAACAACAAAGUGACGGAUCCACCUUCGGCAAAUGCCAACAAAUGAUAUCAAAGUUAACCUACUUGCGGGUGCUGGAUUUGCAUGCCCUUGGAUUAAAAAAUCUACCUGGUUCAAUAGGUAAAUUGAUUCACUUAAGAUAUCUCAACCUCUCCUCAAACCCUUUUGCAGUCCUCCCUGAUUCAAUCACUAAACUUCACAACUUGCAGACUUUAAAUCUAAACAAUUGUAGAAAGCUUUUUAAAUUACCCUCAAAUAUAAAAAAACUGGUCAAUUUAAGAACUCUUGAUAAUGGUCAUUCUAUCUUUUGUCACAUUCCUUUAGGAAUAGGCAACUUGACUUCUCUCCACUACCUACCUGUUUUCAAAGUCACUAAGCAUGCCAAUAGUGCCAGACUAAGUGAAUUAAAUAAACUCAAAAACCUGAGAGGAAAGUUGCACAUAGAUUUUGAUGAUCACUUAAAAACUACAAUGUUAGAAGCAGGAGAGGGAGGAUUUACCGACAAACAUGGUUUGAAUGAGUUGGAUAUAAGUUUUGCAAUUGGUGAAUGUGAUUUGUUUGGUGACCUUAAUAAGAUUGUGAUACCACCUGAAGCUGAUAGUGAGCACGAUGAGGUUGUGCUGGAAGGCCUAAAACCACAUCGAAAUUUAAGGAAGCUGAAAAUAUCUCAUUACCAAGGUCGAAAGCUCCCAUAUUGGUCUAUGAACAAUAGCCUAAUUGAUACCCUUUCAAAACUAGUUGAGAUUGAACUUUAUGAAUGGAACCACUGCCAACUCCCCGCUUUUAGCCAACUACCUCUUUUGAAACGACUUUCUUUAACAAGAGUGCUAUGUGUGGAAUACAUGGAGAUUCUAAACGAUGACCAUUCAUCAUCAACAAAUGACCAAUUAUUCUACCCAUCUCUUGAAAUUCUUGAGCUACAUGUUAUGAUAAGUUUAAAGGGGUGGUGGAAAGGAUUCGAUGCAUCAUCCAGUGAAUUAGGACUAGCUCAACCUGCCAUGUCAUUUCCCAAGUUAUCAACAUUAGAUGUUCAUUACUGUGAAAACCUGACAUCCUUGCCAACAUGUCCUAAUGUGGAGAAAGUGCAUCUAUCCAACGAAACCAAGAAUCUGUCAAUAUUGAAUAUUGUAACAGAAUCGUCAAGGUUGAAGUCGUUGACAAUCGAUAAUGUGGAAGAUCUUUUAUCCAUCCAUUCAGAGUGUUUGCUUGAGCUUUCUUGGCUACGUAUAAAGGAUUCUGCACUACUAUCUACUGAAAAAUUAGGAGAUCUCUUUGCAACUUUAUCUUCUUCUCUUAAAUCUUUGUCAUUUGAAAAUUGCGAAAACUUGAUAUCCAUCUCUAAAGGCUUGGAACAUCUUACUGCAUUGGAGACCUUGAGAAUUGUCUCCUGUGACCAGCUUGAUCUAUCACCAAAUGAAACACAGCUAGAAUGUGAAAAUAGAGACGAAUAUUGCAGAUUUUCUAAGGACAUGCCAUGGAAAGCCUUCAAAACUAGUCUUCGUUCAUUAAGCCUAUUUAGUCUCAAGAAACUAGUGAACCUUCCUAGUGAGCUUCAACACUUGACUAAUCUUCGUUCUUUGGAGUUACUAUUUAAUUAUGAAUUGAGGACAUUACCAGAAUGGAUAACUUGUUUCUCUUCUCUUGAAUAUUUGGAUAUGUGUUGUUGUAAAAAAGUAACGUGUCUCCCAGAAAGCUUUAGUAAGCUUGCUGCUCUACAAGAACUCAGAAUAUCCUCAUGUCCGCAACUGAUAAAAAGAUGUGGAGGCCCAAACGGUAAAGAUUGGCCUAAGAUUAAGCAUAUCCCUCUUAUCGUCGUUGAGGAUUAUGGAUCAGUGGUAGAAGAUUAA